ACGGAGCGUCGCGGUUCCUCUUUAAUAUUCAUGAACCGGAAGACGUUAAGUUUUGAGUAGAUUACCCAAGAUGCUUGGCGUUUCUGUAGCAGGGGAGAAUGUGUGACAAUGGAAACAAAUACUACAGCAACGAACCCAUCUUUCGACUGUCCCUCAUGGGCAGGAAAGCCUCCAGCAGGACUGCAUCUGGACGUGGUGAAAGGAGACAAGCUUGUCGAGAAACUGAUCAUUGAUGAAAAGAAGUAUUAUUUGUUCGGGAGGAACCCAGACAUCUGUGACUUCACCAUCGACCAUCAGUCGUGUUCUCGCGUGCAUGCGGCCCUCGUCUACCACCGGCAUUUGAAAAGAGUGUUUCUCAUUGACCUCAACAGCACACAUGGUACGUUCCUGGGACACAUUCGCCUGGAGCCCCACAAGCCCCAGCAGGUUCCCAUCGACUCCACCAUGUCGUUUGGUGCAUCCACUCGUGUUUACACCAUUCGGGAGAAACCUCAGAGUCAGCCGGGCUCCGGCGGCGGGGACAGUAAAACCGGGGACGAGGAGGAGCUGAAGGGUCUUCUUGGACUUCCAGAGGAAGAGACUGAGCUGGAGAACCUGACCGAGUUCAACACCGCUCAUAACAAGCGCAUCUCCACCCUCACCAUAGAGGAGGGCAACCUGGAUAUUCAGAGACCCAAGAGGAAAAGGAAGAACUCCAGAGUGAGCUUCGGUGAAGAGGAUGAGAUCAUUAACCCAGAGGACAUCGACCCCUCUGUUGGACGUUUCAGAAACAUGGUCUCAACAGCUGUGGUUCCUAUUAAGAAGAAGAAAAUGGGCGGAGGCAAUGCGCUGGGAAUUGAGGAAAUAGCGACGCGACACAUGCACACGUUCCCUUUGCAUGGAGGACUCUACAGAGACCUUCCUCCGGCCAGUCAUGAAGCUCCCAGCGGAGCCACAAUCCUGGGAGGAAUGCCGUUACCCCUGCCCAACCCGGCCCCGGAUGUAGACCUGGCCCAAGAGGCCCCGCCGCCUCCGCUCGUGCUCAACCCCACGCCGUUACCCGGCCCGUACGUCUCCGACCCGCUCAGCGAACCCCGCAAGAAGAAGUACGCUAAAGAGGCAUGGCCUGGCAAGAAGCCCACGCCGUCUCUGCUCAUUUAGCUGCUUAUUAAUAACACCGGAUGUGUCUGACUCAUCUAUACUCAUGAAUUAGAUUUUGACUGUACAAGAAUCUGAUUUAAUGCAGGAAAUUUGUAAGUUUUAUAAUUAGUUUUUUUUGUAAGUUUUUCCUCCUAAAUGAACACGGACUCACACUCAUGUCACUGAAUUACUUUCCAAAUCCAGUGAAAUGCAGAAAGCAGAAUGUCUUCAUCUGCACAGUUUAGUUAGAGAAUUUAGAUGUCUUUUGCUCUGUUCCUCACACACGAUGAUGUGGUCAUGGCCUUGUAAAUCAUCUGUUUUUGUUUUGUUAAAAGAGCUGCUUGGGUAAGUUUGUAUUUCACAGGAAGUUUGCCAUGACAUGAGGGUGAUAAAAUGCCGUUUCAAUGCAUUUUGAUUGAGCGAUUUCUUUAAAAUGCCAGCUUGAAAGUGUGGGAACCUAAAGAAAUGCAAACAAAAGUACAUUACCAGGUCCAAACAGCAAAAUGUGUCAUGUUUAGCCUAAGACAGCAGACAGAGGGUUUAACUUUUAUAAUGUACUCUCUUUUUUAUAUGACUAUUAAUGUAAAAUGUUCAGAAGAUUUACAAGGAUUGGGCUAUUUACACAUAAGUCCUUUCAGACUCAGUCACACUUGCAUGAGCAUCAGUAAUGCAGAGGAUAGAUCCGGUAGAUGUUAGAGGUCUCAAAACUGAUGAAAUUCUGCAAUAUUGUAACCCUUUGUGAAGAAAUUUUUCCUCCGCUGCUCCACAGUGUAUUAGUUUCGUACAUUCGUUCCCCUUUAAUAUACAAACCGACUGCAGUGGUGUUUCCAAUGAACUGUUAGUUGAUGGUAACAUGCUUCAUCAGGACUCCGUGCAGAUGGCCUUCACUGUUAAAGAAAAAAAGUUUUAUACUCCUGUUCUGUUUGGUACAUUUGCUGUUUGUACAUAUCACUCCCAAUAAAUUCCAGUGUAUUUUUAUAUAUUUAAA